CAAUGGAAUGAAGGAAGGGAAGUAUUGCUUGCUGGAUCACAUUCAUUCCUUUUGUUUUGUUUAAAGGAAUUUGCUUUGUUUCCUUUACAAAUGUUCCCAUUUAUACACAUUAUUAUUCCACAUACACAAUUAACAAAACAACUUCUUCCUCAAUAUCAUGAAUCAUGCCUCAACUCAAAUCAUGAAGACCCUCCUAGAUGCUGACACCAUUGUUAACUUGAACAAUCAAAAUAAUAUACUAGGUGUUCCUUCACACCCUUCUUCUUCUGCUGCUGUAGAAGCAGUUCUACCACCAAGCUUUUGCUGUUACUAUGGAGUUGAAGGUGAAAAUGUUGGAUGGUAUCCACCACUCCCUGUCUUGCCCCUUAAAUCCGAUGGCUCUCUCUUUGACAUAGAAGCUCUCAGCAGAACAAAACAACAAGCACCAAAACUGGAGGAUUUCUUUGGUGGGCAAAGCCAAGAAUGCAACAACGCCAGAGAAGCACUGCCUCUGAGCUAUAACAUGUUUCACAAUCCAAAUUAUCUAAAUCAUGUACAAGAGAAUAUCAACUUGCUUCAUGAUGUUAACCAGCAACACUCAUAUUAUUCUUCUGCAUCAAGAAACAACAACAACCAUCAUCAGGUGAUGCUACAAGGAUACAAUAUGGUUAAGGAGGAAGUGCCUGGUAUCCACCAUGCAAUGGAGGCAAAGCUGGUUGUUCCUUUGGACGAUAAUAGAGGUGAAUCGCUGUCCAUUGGAUCGGUGGCGUUCGGGGAUUUACAGUCACUGAGGUUGUCCAUGAGUCCAAGCUCCCAAUCAAGUUGUGUCACAACCUCACAACAAGCAUCACAUGCUGUCAUGAGCACUACAAAGAAGAGGGUGCAUGAUGAAAUGGUGGAGCAGAACCAGAAGCAAAUUGCUCAUAGAAAAUCCAUUGAUACCUUUGGCCAGAGAACAUCUCAAUAUAGAGGUGUUACAAGGCAUAGGUGGACUGGUAGAUAUGAAGCUCAUCUAUGGGACAAUAGUUGCAAGAAAGAGGGUCAGAGUAGGAAAGGAAGGCAAGUUUAUCUAGGUAAGGUUAUCAGAUCCUCUUCUGCUAGGAUCUUCUAUUAUUAUUACUUUCUCUUAUAUAUGCAUGUCAUAAUAUGCUGA